GCUCCUCCGGGCCGCUAGGGGGUCGCUGUAGCGGCGUGAGACAAAGCGCGGCGGGCUAGUUCUCGUGCGUUCCUCCUCUGGGUGGGCGGGUGUGCAGAAGAUGGCGGAGAGCGGCGCUGACGGUGCGCCGGGCAAGGGCCUGAUCCGGGUGACGGUGAAGACACCGAAAGACAAGGAGGAGAUCGUUAUAGGGGACUCGGCGAGCGUCAAAGAGUUCAAAGAGGAGAUCUCCAAACGAUUCAAAGCCAAGAAGGAUCAGCUGGUACUGAUCUUUGCCGGGAAGAUCUUGAAAGACGGCGACACGCUAAACCAGCACGGCAUCAAAGACGGCCUCACCGUUCAUCUGGUGAUCAAGACGGCACAGAAGUCCCAGGACCCAUCGGCCACAGCCGCUGCUACUGCUGCUGCCGUUGCUGCUUCCACUGCCGCCGCCAGUCCUGCAAGCAAUGACUCCCCUCCUGCACAGACCACCUCUACACCGGAGGCAGAGACCCCCAGAGCAAGCACUGGAACCCCGGCCACAGCCGACAGAACCCCGUCUUCGGGAAUCUUGUCUGGUUUCGGUGGCCUGGCAGGUUUGGGCAAUCUGGGCAUGGGUUCCUCCAACUUCAUGGAGCUCCAGCAACAAAUGCAGCGCCAGCUGAUGUCCAACCCCGAGAUGUUGGCCCAGAUCAUGGAAAACCCGCUGGUGCACAAUAUGAUGUCUAACCCGGAUCUCAUGAGACAGAUGAUCCUGGCCAACCCUCAGAUGCAGCAACUGAUGGAGAGGAAUCCGGAAAUCAGCCAUAUGUUGAACAACCCAGAGCUCAUGAGACAGACCAUGGAGCUGGCUCGCAACCCAGCCAUGAUGCAAGAGAUGAUGAGGAACCAGGACCGAGCCCUGAGCAAUCUGGAGAGCAUCCCUGGGGGGUACAACGCCUUACGCCGCAUGUACACCGACAUACAGGAGCCCAUGUUCAGUGCAGCCAGAGAGCAGUUUGGUAACAAUCCAUUUUCCUCUGCUGGUGGCCCUGAUGGCUCCGCCUCACAGCCUCUGCGCACGGAGAAUCGCGAGCCUCUUCCCAACCCUUGGAACCCUUCAUCCUCUCCUAGCCAGACAUCCAGUGCUGAGGGGAAUGGCGGCUCCACCCCCACCACCACCACCAGCCAGACCAAUCCCAAUCCUAUUUCCAACCCGUUUGGCAUCAGCGGUGCCAAUCUGGGGACAGGCAUGUUUAACAGCCCAGAAAUGCAGGGUCUGCUGCAGCAGAUAUCGGAGAACCCGCAGCUAAUGCAGAGUAUGAUCUCCGCCCCUUACAUGCGCAGCAUGAUGCAGACGCUCGCCCAGAAUCCUGACUUUGCUGCACAG